AUGGCGACGAGCGACGGGACGGGGGCGACGGCGCGCGUGGUGACGUACAACGUCCUGAGCUCGCACCUGGCCGAUCCCGGGUACUUCACGCACUGCGAUCCGGAUGAUUUGAGGGCGGAGACGCGGUUGGAGCGCGUCAUGGCGAAGCUGGACGCGGAGUGCGCGGGACGGGCGGUGAUCGGGUUGCAGGAGGUGUCGAUGUCCUGGGCGGGGCCUUUGCACGCGUACUUCGCGAAGAAAGGGUACACAUUCAUUCUGUCGCUGUACGGGAAGCCGUUUAACAAUUACAUGGGGGUUGGGUUGGCGGUGCCGACAGACGCGUACGAGUUGGUGCGAAGCGACAUUUCUCGUCUGAGUGACACGGUGAAGUUUCCGCGGGUAAAGCCGAAAGAGGCGAAUUUCGGACCGCUGACUCCGGUGUACAACUUACUCGUGAAGACGCCGGUGGGUUUGUGGAGAAAGCUGACCGAUUACCGACCGCCGAUGACGGAGUGGGACACCGCGCGCAACCGGUUUAACUCGAUCCUGCACGCAACGCUCAAGUGUAAGAAGUCGGACGUUUCGUUCGGCGUCGCGACGUAUCACAUGCCGUGCAUGUUUCGAACCGCGGCCGACCGUCGAGUUAUGGUGAUUCACGCCGGGAUGGCGGCUCAGUACGCGCUCAACCACUCGGAAGGAUUGCCGACGGUUUUGAUGGGAGACUUUAACCUGAAACCGGGUGACCCCGGACACGUGUUGAUCACGACGGGCGAACUUGACACUUCGAUCGACGAGUAUCCCGUCAUGCCUGAAGGGUACAUUGGAUCGCCAUUCAACGUGAAACCGCAAAAGAAAAUGGAAAGCGCGUAUGCGCGUGUCAACGGCGCUGAGCCCAACUUCACGAACAAUGCGCGAAUCAAGGACGAUGAGCCUUUCAUUGACACCCUCGAUUACAUCUUCGUAACCGACGACGUCGAGGUCUUAGACGUACUCGAUCUCCCCCAUCGUGAUGAAGUCAAGGGUCCGUUUCCCGCAGCGACCGAGCCGAGCGAUCACAUCAUGCUCGCUGCCACUGUUCUCGUGAAGUAG